AUGGGCAAAAAAUGCCAACACCGCGGCCGCGUGCCGAAUCCCAGGAAACAUGCGGCGGAGGAGGCCGCGCAGUCCCGUACUUCGGCGGCGCAGGCCUGUUCUGGGGCGGCGGAGGCGGAGGCGGAUGCGGCGGAGUCUGCGCAAACCCGUGCUGCGGCGGAAUUGUGCUCCUGCCCUACCUGCCGAUCUCGCGGUGGCGGCCCCUGCCGCAGGCGCGACACCACCCCCGACCAACUCUCUGCCCCCUGCCGCGGUAGCGCCGUCGCUACACAGCUGUCUGCUUCCUCCCGCGGUGGCGCCGCCCCCAACCCGUGCAAGUAUGGUGUGGCUGAGCCUCCAUCUGCACGGACGCCCCAGCAAACAUCUGUCUCGUACUUGAGCAUUUUGCUCGGCACUACAACAGUCAAGGACACUGCAGCUUCCUCGUCCUCCCGGCAGGCUGUAGCUGAGACCCCACCAUCUAAGCCAACCAUUUAUGUCAACAAACCUCCUGGUUGGUACUUCAGUAUUUACAUCAGGAUCGAUCAUUCAAAAUCUUUCCACACGUAUCCUUGUCUUGGUGGACCAUUCAAGAGCCCAGAGGAAGUUGAAAAGGCUAUUGAGCGCUAUCUGGAUGACAAGCGGCAUAAAACGCUGUGGAAAGAGCAAUGUGGGGAUUCUGAGAUGGAGAUUGUUAUAAAGAAGGCUCUUUACUGGCCUGAUGGAAGAACAAGGAGAUGUUCAGACAACCAGGUCGUGGAGCAUACCCGUGAGCAAAAGAGUUUAAUGCUUCAAGCUUUUCUGGACACGUAUAAUGAGAAGCACAAACUUUUUGGGGAUGAUGCAUAUGAAUUAAAGGUUAUUUUGCACUUCCAGUCAAUCGGUGAAGGCAAUAUGUGGUACAAGCAUUUCAAUUUCACUACAAAGACUAAAGAUGGAAUUGAGGAUCUUUUCUUUGCUGAAGUGAAAGAAGGAGACAAUGAAUUGGUGGCAAAUACAUUCUGCAAGAUUGAAUCCAAUGAAAAUGGCCACUGCUAUGGUUGCAUAAAUAAUGGAAGUAUUGAUAUAAAGCACCCCGACAAGGCUGAUGCAUACUCUGGUGGUCACGUGGAUGUACAUCUGCCAUUUGGUGGGGGUAGCCGCCGUCCUAACACAUGGACAGGCUCUAAGGAAGAUGUGGCUAGAGAGGAAGCUAGGCUGAGAUAUAUCUAUGGUGUGAAAUGACAGAGUUUACUUGCAAGGAGGGCGCUAUGGUUCAAAUAAGAGAAAAAAAAAAGUUA